GGCCAGGAUGCAACCUCGAGCAACGUGCCAACUUGGAUCAGGACCAGCACGGAGUGGCAUGCGAGCUUGAAACGUGGUGGCGAAACGUGGCGGCAUGCCUCCUGACGGGGCGGCAACGGCCCCUAGACACCGAAACCCCCCCAAAUCUUAACCGCGACCACGUCUCGUCAAACGCCAGAUCGUUACACGAUGGAGCUAUCUUUGCACUUUGCAGAUUUGGUCAAGGAUGCGCUGAUGGGAUCUGGCUGUGGAGGGCAUGGUACUCUGCAAAAUUGCAGGAUGCAUUAUGUCUGUAGAAUAAUAUAUGAUGGGGAGGAGGAAGCCUCCUGUACGCUGUGUUGGUUAUUGCUUUUCUCUUCCUCGAGCUGGGUUCUCUCGACGCCGUUCGUUUUCCACACGCCUGUUGAGCGGGCUUCCAUUCGUUUUCGUUGCCUGGUGCAGACCUUUCGUUGAAUUCAGUCGUAUACUACCUCCUUGCAUAGCAUCAUGGUAUCCCUUCUUUAUGCUUUGUUCUUGGGCAGCGCCUCUUUCUGUGCUGCCCACCCCGUCGCUGAGAAGCGCACCGUGACGGCGCUGGACCAGGCUUCCUUUGAGGAAGCUCAGCAGCGAGAUGAUACGGCCACAAGAGCCUUUUCAUCGAUCCCGAUCAAGACCUCGGAUGGCCAGUGCCUCUUUGUCGACGAAUUGUCUGGAGAUUUCCGUGCCAACUUGACACCGAUCCAGGUCGCUGCCUGUAAUGGCAGCACUGGUCAACAGUGGGACAUCAUCACCGCUGGAAAGCAUGAUGAUCAGCCGGGGACCAUGUUGAUUGUCAGCACAUUGACGCAAGCCUGCUUCAAUUUCGAUCCUCGUCGUGCUGCUGGCAACCAGGUGCUCCUGUUUUCCUGCGGUGGUCGUGCCGAUGGCAGUGGCGCUGUGACGAACUCUCAGCUUUUCCCCUUCAGUGGUGGUGCCGGCCCUCUUGCCUUGAGCCCUGAGAACGCACCUGGCGACUGUUUGACCGUCAAUGGAGCCCUCGUCGACAUAGCGGCCUGCAACACGGCUGAUCCUAAUCAAUCCUUCACUUUCGGCGAUGCUGGCGCUGCUGUUAGCAGUAGUGUUGAUGCUGCAUCGCCUACCGUUGUAACUGAUUGUGCCCCAGUUUCGACUGUAACUGUGUCAGCAACAUCUGUGUCAACAGCAACUGUGACGGUCAUCUCAACCGCAGCAGCAGCAGUUUCGACUACAGUUUCGACUGUGACUGUGUUAACAACAACUGCGACGUCCAUCUCAGCCUCAGUGGCAUCAAUCUCAACUACAUCACCACCUGUCGUUGUAACAAGCACGACAUCAACCGCCUCUGCGUCCAUCAUCUCCGUUUCUCGCGCCGGUAGUGUCCUCAACCCCUCCGCGGUGGCAGAAGCAAACCCUCGCGACGACACCGCGACGAGAGCCUUUUCAUCUGUCGCGCUCAAAUCUGCGUCGGGCCUUUGCCUCUUCAUCGACCCCACGGCCGGCGACUUCCGCGAGAACCUGAUCCCGAUCGUCCUUCAGCCGUGCGACGGUAGCCCCAACCAGAGCUUCGACAUCAUCACCGCGGGCGUCCACAACGACCAACCGAACUCCGCACUGAUAGUCAGCACCCUGACGCAGGGGUGCUUGAAUUUCGAUCCCAGGAGGGCCGCUGGGGACACCGUGAUUAUGUUCAGCUGUGGCGGACGGGCGGACGGUAGCGGCCAAGUCACCAACAGUCAGCUGUUUACCUUCACAACGGGGGAGACCAGCCUGAGACUCCAGCCGGAGAAUGGUGAUGGGGCGGUGUGCCUCGUGGCAGAUGCAGCGGGCAGGCUGGAUCAGGCGCCUUGCAGCGACGAUCCGAGCCAGGUCUUCACCAUCGGCUGAAUGGAGGAUCGAAUACCUGGUAACACUAUCCCCCCAUGUGUUCUGCAGAUAGAGAAGAAGAAAUUGUUGUAAACUAGUAAUGUCCCCCAAACACCUAGACUCGGGCAUUUUGCUGCUUGAGAGACGGUGCCUGCCAAGCGCCAAUCAACG